AUCUGUCAAUGUCCUGUCAAGAAGUGUCAAGGCAAAGAUCAUAGUCCAAAAAAAUAACAAAAACACUGAGAAAUUUCGAUUACAAUAAAUUUGUUUCCCGGUUCGGAGUAUUUUAUGAAUAGUCUUUUAAGACCUAAUUGUGGUACACUGGUUUUCCUUUCAGCAACACUGUUACUGGCCAGAAUGGCUUGGAGAAGCCAUGGCACUAACAACGCUGACAUGGUCAGAAAUCUUAAAGCUAAUGGUAUUAUAAAAUCAGACAGUGUGUAUAAUGCUAUGUUAGCUGUGGACCGUGCUCAUUAUUGUCCAAAUUCUCCUUAUGUUGAUGCUCCCCAGUCUAUUGGAUACUCUGCCACGAUUAGUGCACCCCAUAUGCAUGCACUGGCCUUAGAACAAUUGAAGGACCACCUCCUCCCGGGUGAAAAGGCCUUAGAUGUGGGAUCAGGAUCCGGCUACCUUGUGGCCUGCAUAGCCAAUAUGGUGAAUGAAACUGGGCAAGUGAUCGGCAUAGAGCAUAUACCAGAACUAGUCACACUUUCAGUUAACAAUCUUAAUGCUGACAAGCCUGACUACCUCAAGAGUAAUAGAGUUAAAAUAGUUGUUGGUGAUGGCAGGCUGGGUUAUCCCGAGGGUGCUCCAUACAGUGCCAUCCAUGUUGGAGCCGCUGCACCUACAAUACCUGAAGCUUUAAUUGAACAAUUGAAGAAUGGUGGUCGACUCGUUGUACCAGUGGGGCCCAGAGAUGGGGAGCAAAUUCUGACACAGAUCGACAAAGCUAUGGAUGGCACCACGACGCUGAAGAAACUCAUGAGUGUGGUCUUUGUCCCCCUCACGGAUAAGGAUAACCAACUACAGGCGGGCGCCAGCUCCCGGCCUCGUUUCGCAAGGAUUGCCAGGAGGAUCCUCCUCUAUCAAUACGCGAAGACAGUCUUGCGACAACGGUUGGAGAAUAAAUAGACGUAGAACUGAAAUGUUGUAGAAAGAUUUAGGGUUUAAUUUUGUAGUACAUUUAUACGCUGUGGUUUCUUGUUUGAAUAUCCUGAAGGGAUUUAAAGAUAGGACGUGAUGAUGAGGUGUCGUAUACCUAGUGAUUAUUUAUGUUUACUCACAAAUAAAGUCAGUACCUAUUUAUGUCA